CUAAACACUCAUCUGUGGCCUUUAUCUGCUGUAAAAAAGAGAAGUCAUUCUCAUAUAAAACCCAUAAAAAUGAAUGAAAACGAAACCUACUACAUGGAAACAUCGCCGACAGAAAUUUUGAUUUACAUUUUUACAUUUCUUUCACCGAAAGAACGAGCAAAAUGUUGUCAAGUCUGCUGGAGAUGGAAGCGUAUCGUCGACAAUCUAUCCAAAAACGAAGGGUUGUGGCUCAAACAUUGCAAGAAAGAUUUUAAUGACAUUUAUUCAGUAGCAUAUUACAAGCGAGUGCCUGGUCUAACCUGGUUUCACAUCUACAGAUCGUUAACGCUCUGGUCGAAGUUAAACAAAGCGAAUGAAUCGAUGGACGAGUUCGCAUCCGCAACGGGCUGUAUGGACGAGAUACGAGACUUCCAAAUACUAAGACAUGGUCUAAUCGGAGUUCACACACGAGGAGCGAUUACUUAUUACGAUUUGGACACACUAAAACUAUCCAGAAGAACAUCAAUAACAGGUAAUUAUCUACGUUACGUUGAAAACGACGAUACUAUAAUAAUACUAGGGUACAAUCUAAAUUUAUUCGUUGUUCGAAAACUUAUAACUGAUACGCAUUACGAAACUGAUGUGACAUUUGGAAACGUAAAAACAUUUCUCUUGGCCGACGAAGAUUUGUUCUAUGUAACGUUAACCGAUGAAGUUUUCCUAUGUAAGUUACAGGAUGACCAAUUAAAAUCUGUGCUACUCAACCAAGCCAAUAGCAGUAUAAUGUCCGUUGGUUAUCACAAAGGAAACAUUAAUUUACUUACAUUCCAAAGAGAUAUAUUUACAAUUGUCGGCAAUGAAUUGAUAUACCGGAGCACCUUAGAUACGUCAACAAACUUGUUACAUGAAUUAAAAAAGUACAAUUUCCUCGAGAACCUAGACUGGCGAGUAUACUUUCAAUGGAUGUAUGUUUUGAAACAUACAGUCCCAGAAGGUCCGUUACGUGAUAUUAUAAUUAUUAAAACAUACGGAGAAGCAGUGUUUGUUGGUUCCAAUUGGGGUGUUUUCCGUAUUUACUAUGCUCCUUAUAAUAAUGAUGAAUUUGAUCUAUUUAAUUCGGAACCAAUAAAACAAUUUAAUUUUAUGGAGCGCUGUGACUGCCCAGUGCUGUCUAUGUGCCCAAUAAUACGGAUAGAUGUUAUCGAAGGGGAAGAUAGCCAUAUAAUUUUAAUCGCUAUGCCAAAGAAAAUUGCUGUUAUAACAUACAUACAUAGUUUCAAAGAAACAACAAUGGGGACAAUGUUGCCCUAUCAAGAUGUACAUAAAAUUAAAAUACUUAAUAUUUCUGAGUGAUACUUCAAAAGACAUUUUAU